AUACACAUGUAGGGUUGCGCGUCUGGUGAUACUUCAUCGACUUCUUAAAAUCAUAUAUUCUUGCGUCUUCAGUUCAAAAUGGUUCGAUAUUCUAGAAACCAACUUGUGCACUUUAUGCCUCUGAACACAUAAUAAGUGGCAUACAAGUUAAAAAGCUGAAAAUCUCAGGCCUUCAAGACUCGAAGCUCCGUUGAAAAUGCAUAGUUUAUUUAUCUGUUCGUUAAGGAGUGUUAAAUACUACGCACACAAAUCCCAAACUGCGGAAAAGUAGGUGUACUAGCUUGUAAAGUCAUGCGGUUUGCUCGUGGAGUUUGUCGGUACACUCCGUUGAAAAGUAUGAAUCAGGUGGAGGGAGGCGUUUUGUCUAUGUAUCCUUGGUAAUGAUCUCCAACCGAGCCUAUUUGUCCGUUCGUCUGUCGGGAUUUAACAAACUAAUCCGCUCAAUUUGGUUUUAAAUCAUUGCGGCGAUCAAAAACCGCUUCUUAAGAAUAAUUCAGUUUUUAAAUAAUAGUAAAUUCAUCUCUACAAUAAUUAAGAAGCAGUGGUGGUCACGCCCAUAUCGUUGAUGCUUUUUUUAAGCGGAUAACCUUAUGCGGCACCAUGAACUUUGUAUUGGCAAGUGCUACAGAGUCCAUAUGCCCCUUCUACAGUACAUAUUCAAAUUUAUUGCGAUCAGGGAACCCUAUCUUCCAUAAGUCUCGUUUUCUUGUAUCAAGCUUAUAUUACCCAUUGCUCUGUGUGUUUUUUCUAUUCUCCAAUGCUGCGGUUCCUUCGAAAUUUUAAGUAUUAUGCCUGGCGGGAGGUGCGUCGUGGUUGUUCCGCAGUGGCCCCAUCGGAUCGGAGUGAUGUGCAUCUGGUGCUGCCAACGGUCUGGCCCUCCGAGCUUACCAAGAGGAUCCGCCCGCUCCCAGUGCCCGACCUGAUCGAGAAGUUCUCCUGCGAUGCCCCUGGCGGCCAGUUCGCCACAAUAUCCGAGUACCUGCGCUGCGAUCCACGCCCCGACGCCGUUCUCCUGCCGGAUGAAAUUGAUCUACACCGAAAAAUGUCCCUGGACGACCUUAAUUCUUAUAUGCACGCGAAGGACGCAUUCAAAGAGCCGCAGAGAAAAAACCGCAUAUUUUCGCACGUUCUUGUGGUGGCCGGAGCUGACUCAGCUCGGAGUUACCCCUUUCGGCAGAGGCCCGACUUCCUCUAUCUUUGCGACUGCUUGAGACCAGGGGCAGCAUUGGUUCUCACCCGCAGCCGAAAGCGAAGGACUGGCGCGUUGCUGUUUCUUUCCCAGGAUGUGGACUCACAGCUGUCCACCAUCUAUAGCCAUAUGCACUACGUGGACGACGUUCUGCCCCUCGCAAUGCUUAAGAAAAGUUUACUCUGGCUGUUGAGGGAUCUCUCGCCCGAGCUGUGGCACUUCUACGAGCCAUCGAGUCCUGUCAGCUGUAUAGUGCAAGAGGUGGCUCAUGAAGCCAUGAUUCCCAUGGGCAACCCCCGAUACAUCCUCCAGUACACACGCACCGUCAAGACCCCGCGGGAGCUGAGAGCCGUGCGUCGGGCCAACGCCAGCGCUGCGGACUCCAUGGCGGAGGUAAUCGCACAGCAUUAUCAGAUUCCUCAGGAGCUGGCCGCUUCAUUUGACUACAAGUGCCAUAUGCGGCACGCCCGUCCCGACGUGACAAAAAUUUCGUGCGGAUUGGAUGGCAAUGGGCUGUGGCAGAUGGACGCUGGAUGUCAGUACGGUGGCUACGAGGGGGGACUGGCCAGAUGCUGGCCCAGCUCGGGGCGAUUCACGCCGCCCCAGAAAAUGAUUUACGGUGCGCUGUUGGACAUGCGUCGGGAUCUGUGCUCGUUGAUACAGUACGCAGGAAGUGAGGGUGCCGUCCGCACACCUCUGGAACUGCACGCCGCCUAUUUAAUCCUUCUGGCUCGGCACCUUAGGGAGCUCCGCGUGUUGCCCAAGGGUGUCGGCAGUGCGGCCGAGACAGUGGAGAUGGCCCGCAGGUUCAACUGCUCCCCAGUCGUCGUCUCGCACGUGGGUCUGGGAAAGCGAGACACCAGUCGCAGACUCCUUGACUAUCCCUUCGCUCCCGGAAACGUGGUUUCGCUGCGGCUGUCAAUCUCUAUUCCCGAUGACUGCUGCCAGGCCUAUCCCGAGUUCCGGGGCAUUCUUUGUCAGCUUGGCGACACCCUGCUCAUCCGGGAUGAUUACUCCGUGGAACUUCUUACCGCCGCCUGCCCCAGCGAGACCCAGGACAUUGAAGUCUGUCUACCUGCAAGCCGAACCAGGUCGCAUCGAGUGCGGAAUGACGGUGAUCAAAGUGGACCUUGUGACACACGACAAUUGCAAAGCCACGGUGGCGACAACUGAGCGAAUACAUUUGCCCAAGGAAUAUCUGAUAAGGGCAGUUAUUCCGCGUAAUCGAUAUCGCGUAACCACGUCGCCGGCUCAUAUAAAUGUGUUGUAUGUUUUGUAUAUACGUACUAUACACUCAUUUGUCAUUAAACCCGUUUGCAAUUAA